AAUUAAUCAAGACACGCGUUUUAUUGAGAAUUAAUCAAGACCCGAAAGAAAGUAUUAAAGCGAAAAACAAACGUCGUUUAUUAGUUACUCGUUCGAGUUGAGCUGCUUUGUCGCGAUGGAUCCUUAUGAGAGAUUUCGCUACGAAGAAAAAGUUUCUGCAAGCUCUACAUGUCAUGCAAGAGAGCAUUUUAUUUAUGAUAUUGAAACUCCAUUAGUACAAGGAAAAUUAAUUUCAGUCAUACGAAAACUUAAAAAGGAAUUUAUAAUAUCUUUUGAUGUGAAACCUCUUUCGUAUGGAACAGAAUGGUUAAAUGUAAUUCAUUUUACUAAUGGUUCAAACAUUGGGAAUGUGGGUGACAGAAUACCUGGAGUAUGGUUUCAUGAAAAUGGUAGUGGAAGUCUCUACAUAGCAACUCCUCUCAAUGGUGAUCCUAAUCAUGCUUUUGAAACUUAUCCACUUCCUUUAAAUCAAUGGACUAAUGUAGAAAUAAGUCAGUUUCGUGAUGGAGAUUGUUAUAUGUAUUGUGGAAAACUAAAUGGAGAAACUGUUUUUUUACAAGAAAAUGCUGUUCCAAGAAGUUUUAAAAAUGUUAAAGUCUUUUCUUCUGAUCCAUGGCAUUUACCUCAACAGGGUCUUAUAAGAAAUUUUUAUACCAUAAAUGGAGCAUCACAUAAACAUUCAUCAAAAUCAACAAUGCUUCACAGAGAACAAAUUAUUUGUGAUGUUGAAACAUCAUUGGUUCAAGGAAAGUUAGUUGCUGUAAUUCCUAAACUCAACAAAGAAUUUCUAUUAUCUUUUGAUGUGAAACCUCAUUUCUUGUCAUCAGAAUGGUCAAAUAUAAUUCAUUUUACUAAUGGUUCAAACAUUGGAAAUGUAGGUGACAGAAUACCUGGAGUGUGGUUUCAUGAAAAUGGUAGUGGAAGUCUUUAUAUUGCAACCCCUCUUAAUGAUGAUCCUAAUCAUGCCUUUGAAACAUAUCCAUUACCUUUAAAUCAAUGGACAACUGUUGAAAUAAGUCAGCAUCAUCAAGAGGAUAUUUAUCUUUACACUGUAAAACUUAAUGGAGAGAUAGUAUUCAAUGAACAGAACGAACACGCUAAAAGUUUUAAAAAUGUAAAAGUCUUUGCUUCUGAUCCUUGGCAUAAUGCUCAAAAUGGCUCAAUAAAAAACUUGUAUAUCAUUAAUAGACAGCGACGUAGUUCAUCAUCACAACAUGCUGCAAUUUUACAGAGAGAACAAAUUCUUCAUGAUAAUGAAGUAUUAUGUUCAAAAGGAUUGUUAGCUGCUGUUAUUCCAAGACUUGAUAAAGAAUUUAUUCUUUCUUUUGAUGUUAAACCAUUGUCUUAUGUUCCUGAAUGGACAAAUAUAAUUCAUUUAACUACUGGAUCAAACUGUGGAAACCUAGGUGACAGAGUACCAGGAGUCUGGUUUCAUGAGUGUGGUGAUGGCAGUCUUUAUAUUGCAACUCCAGUUAAUGGCGAUCCUAAUCAUUCUUUAGUUACCUCUCCAUUACCUUUAAAUCAUUGGACAAGUAUUGAGAUAAGUCAACAUCGUGAAGAAGAUACAUAUUUAUAUACAGUUAAACUUAAUGGGGAAGUUUUCUUUUCGGAGCCUAACCAUCAACCUCAAAGCUUUGAAAAUGUUAAAGUUUAUGUAUCUGAUCCGUGGCAUGCAAUUCAUAAUGGCUUCAUAAAAAACCUUUAUAUCCUAAACGGACAACUUCAUAACUCUUCUUUUGCAAAUGCCACCGCUCUAUUAAAAGAGCAAAUACUAGAAAACAUUGAAAAACCAAUAGUUAAAGGAGAACUUGUUGCUGUCAUUCCAAAGCUUGAUAAAGAAUUUCUUUUUUCAUUUGAUGUGAAACCCAACUCAUUUGCCAACGAAUGGGCUAAUGUGAUUCAUUUCACUGUCGGAUCAAAUAUUGGAAAUGUUGGUGACAGAAUACCUGGUGUGUGGUUUCAUGAAAACGGAAGUGGUCAACUUUAUAUUGCAACUCCUCUAAAUUGUGAUCCAAAUCAUUCCUUUGAAACCUACCCACUUGCUCUUUAUCAGUGGACCAAUAUUGAGGUCAGUCAGCAGCUUGAAUGUGGUGUUUAUGUUUACUCUGUAAAAUUAAAUGGAGAAAAAGUGUUUUCUGAACAAAAUCAUCGCGCUGAAAGAUUUGAAAAUGUAAAAGUUUAUGCAUCUGACCCUUGGCAUAAAGCUCAAGAUGGUUUUAUAAAGAACUUUUUUUUCUUAAACGGACAUCAUGUAUCUAGGAACUGCCGCACUCAUUUACAUUAAUUAUGUUCAGUUGGUUCCCUUUGUGUUUUUCUAUGAAAUUACAUCUAAAUUAUUUUGGUUUUGUCUCAGUGUCUUUUUUUUGUUUUGUUUUAUUUUUUGUAGUCUAACUAAAAAUCUUUGUAACAUCAAUUUAUGAUAAGGUUACGUGACUCAGUA